AUGCCGAAGAGGUGGACCUAUGCAACAAAUCCAGAUGACGUGGAGCAGUGCGCUCCAUCCGAGCUGGAGCAGCUCUCGGCCCUGUCCUUUGAUGGCUUCUGGGAAGGUACAAUGGCGGUGGGAAACACCAUGAGCUCCACAACUGUCAUCAUUUCAGGCAGAAACGUCUUCCACGAUGGGAGCCUGUUUGCCAAAAUUAAAGUGCUGAAUGCGGAGACCUGUGUCAUCAUCACGGACUACGAAGACGUGCGAGGCUACCUCAGCACCGAUGGUAAGGCCAUCGAUUGGGAAGAUGGCGACUGCUGGCGGAGGGUAGCUGCUCCUCAGUCUGGCCAGUACGAGGAGCGCAGUGGUCACAAUGCGGGACAGGGACAAUGA